AUGUUUUCAUUCAAAUCCUCCAUCAAGUCAUUUCUCAUUCUUCUCCUCCUCCUUUACAUUUUUCACUUUUCUUAUUUCUUACUUUCUUUACUUCUUCAUUCAAACCCUUCCAAUUUUUGCUGUCAUUUUCUUCUUCAUCUUUUCAAUCCCAAGCCUCCUCCUCCUUCUUCUUCGUCUUCUUCUUCUUCUUCUUCUUCUUCUUCUUCUUCUUCUUCUUCUGUUACAUUUCCUAUCUUUUCUACCUAUUUUUUAUUUUUUCAUUUAAAUCCACCGGCCAUCUUCAAUCAUUCUUCUUCUCUUUCACAUUUUUUCACUUUUUUCCUUUUCUUCCUUUUUCUUCUUUAUUGCAUCAUUCAAAUUCCUUCCCUGUCAUUUUUCUUGUUGUUGCUAUUCUUCCAUUUCUUCUUCCAUUUCUUCUUUGUUUUUUUCACUUCCAAUCCAGCUUUAUUUUCUCCUUCUAUUGCUUCUUCUUCUUCUUCUUCUUCUUCUUCUUCUUCUUCUUCUUCGUCUAACUAA